UUCAAAAGUGAGAGUCACUUGAGUGAGCUUUCAUCUCAAGUUUCUCUCACAUUUUGAACUUAGAAAGUAAAAAAAAAUGCCUAAAAAAAGUUCCCCUGUUUUUCAGAAAGUUUCAAAUCUUCUAAACAUGUCAAUUUUCUUAGCAAAAAUGAGAAAACCCAUAAUUUCUCUGAAAAAUGCGAAGAAAAUGAAGAAAUUUAGUCUUCUUAAGCAUUACAAUUAUGGGUAUAUUCAAGAAUACCAAUUUUCUCCUUCAAAUACACCAUUGAUUCAUUACUAUAACAGAAAAAAAUCAUUCAGAAAACAGAGGAGUUACAGAGAUAUAUGCUCUGUUUUCUUUAUUUCGAGAUGUUUGGGAAUGGCGAAAGGCGAAGAAGAAGAAAAAAAGAGAAGGUACCCAGUGUUGGAGUUGGAGAGAUUAGGUUCCAUGGAAGAAUUUACAGAUUUUCAUGGCGACGAUGAUGAUGAUAACGAUGACGAUGAUUCGGUUGAUGAGAGAGCUGAGAAGUUUAUUGAAAGGUUUUAUGAAGAAAUUAAAUUGCAAAGACAAGAAUCAUUUUUGGAGAAGUUUAAUGCAAUGAUUGAGAAUUGAUGAGAGCAGAACCAAAGUCGGAAUUAGAAUUUUAAAUUUAGGAGCUUUAAAUUCUAAGGAAAAAAGGUUAUUGGGUUUCUAAAUGAUUUUUCAAUCAAAACGUAAAGCUAUUAAAUUCUGUCAAACCUUUAAGCGGCUCGCUAGCUCAAGAAGCACAAGAGAAUGAGUUUUCCUUUUUCUAUUUCUUUUUUAAAAUUUUAUUUUAUC